AAACCCUAAACCCUUACGCACUCGAAAAACACAGAGUUCUUUGUAUUUCUUCUCUAUCCAGAAGAAAGGAAGGUUUACAAUGGCGGAUGCAGUGAUAUCAGUUGAAAAAAUCAAAGCUUUUUAUCAUUCGCAGGUCCAUGACCCAGAUAAAUGGGAUCUCAACAAGAAAUUACUCCGUGCAGUAGGCCUCUUUGCUGGCUCCAUUGUCUUAAUGCGCCAAUAUGGUGUUCUAAUGGCCAUAUAACUAUGGAUCAAGAUUGUGUUCCUACAAGUCGAGCUUCUAGUUAUUUUUUUUUUCUGCACAUUAUUUUUCAAUAUGACAUAGACUGUCAACUGAAGGUCAAUUGAAUGAGGUUUCCAUGGGUAAAAUUAGAAUCUUUAUAAUAACUUUCUUGAUAUGUUGGCUAAGUUGGAUUGGACAAAUAUUAGACAUUAUUAAAGAUGGGGAAGAAAAAGAAGGUCAAAAUUUUUGUUCA